CAAAAAUAAUACCGGACUGAAUGAAAAUUGUUAUAUUCACUUAUCAUUGCAUAACGAUUACAUGUGACGUAAUGCAAAUUCAGCAUUUUAAACUCCUAUAAAAGCAAAUUUCUUGCUAUUUGCAUACAACUAAGUAAUAUAGACCCGUUUUAGCAGCAUCAUUAUCAUCAAAAAUGUUAAAAACUAUUGUAACUUUAUUCUGUUUUGCAGCCUUUGCAAUAACCAAUGGAUUGUUUAUUAGAAAAGUUGAAACAAACAGUGACCAGCCUUCCGAUAAUUGGGCCAUAGAGCAAAUUAGAAACUACGGAUAUCCCGUUGAAUACUAUUCUGUACAAACUUCUGAUGGAUAUAUUUUGGACUUAUUCCGAAUUCCUUCAGGACGUCGAGAACAAGGUGUACACCAGCAUCAGCAAAACAGGCCAUCAGAUAUUUCUUCAGGUCAAAGUAUUGAAAAUGACUUCCAAUUGAAUUCACGCCGUCAGGAUAGUUAUAGCAAUACAGAUGAUCAAAACAUUCGUGGUCACACUAAAACCCAAUGGGGCUCAGACCAAGAUAAUCAAAAUUUGAAUCAGUGGAGUUCAAACAGAAACGACCAAGAUCGAGACAGGGACGACCAGAAUCAAGAUCAAUGGUCAUCAAACAAAAACAAUGGUGACCAGUGGAAUUCAGGCAGAGAUAAUCAAAACCAAUGGAAUCCAAAUAUGGAUGAUCAAAAUGAGAACCAGUGGGGCUCAAACACAAACGACCAAGACAAGAUAGGUUCCAAUAGUAAACCAGCCGUUCUACUGGUUCAUGGUUUAUUAUGCUCAGCUGACAGUUUCAUAAUAGGUGGACCUUCCCAGGGCUUGGCAUUUGUUUUUGCCGACAAUGGUUACGAUGUCUAUUUAGCAAACACAAGAGGAAGUAAAUAUGGUCUCAGACACACCACCCUUAACCCUCAAUCUGAUGCAGCUUUUUGGAGAUUCAGUUCUGACGAAAUUGGUGUAAAAGAUCUGCCGGCAAUUAUGGACACUAUUGUUCGAGUAAGUGGACAGCAAAAAAUUUAUACAGUUGGUCAUUUACAAGGAAACACACCCCUGUAUAUUAUGGCCUCAGAAUUACCUCAAUACCAUGAUAAAAUUCGCAUGCUUAUAUCGUUGAGUCCUGUGGCAUAUAUGGGUCAUUCAAUGCACCCUAUGUUGAAAUAUAUUAAUCAACACAGUUCCUCAAAAGGGUGGUUGAUUAAAAACAUUGGUCCUAAUAACUUCCGUCCUUCCGAAGAAGUUCUAAACAAUGGAGGGAAAGCUGAAUGCCAACAAACUGCUAAUGAUAAGAUGCUGUGUGAUAAUCUCUACUUCUUAAUAAAUGGAUACAAGUCCAGAAACUUCAAUAAAACUCUUUUGGAAAAAGCAAUUCAAGAUCAUUAUGGAAGCACUUCCAGUCGUCAAAUAAUUCAUUUUGCACAACUCGCAAAAACUGGAUCCUUUGCACGAUACAAACCACUGGAUGAUGUUUCUCAAGGUUACAGUAACGAACAACAAUACGACCUUCAAAAAAUUUCCAUACCUGUAUAUUUACUUAGUGCUUCCCAGGAUUACUGGUCAAGUCACGAGGAUGUCGAAAAACUUGCAAAUCGUUUACCCAAUGCAAACAAAAUUGAAAUCCAGAAUUUGGAUAUUGGCUUAGACUUUUUGUAUGCUAAUAAUGUAAGACAAAAAGUAUACGAAAGAGUUGUUGAUAUUAUUAGAAGUAACUAAGACAAAUGAAAUAUUAAUAAAAGAAGCUUACCAGUA